GUGUAUUGUAACUCGUUCUACCUGUGUUCCCGGGGGAAGCCGUCAAUACUGCAGUGCCCGGGGGACGCGUACUGGUUCAGUAAGACCAGGAAGAACUGCAUUGCCAGAGCCAAUAUGAAGAACGAAUGUAACGAAGCAGGGAUACGGUGGGAGUCGGUGACAACUACCACUCCGGCCCCAACAACGACGCCGCCAUAUGCCUGCAAGGGCAAGAUUGGCAACUUCCCCCACCCCUCAGGAUGCAGCGCCACCUAUUUUCAGUGUCUCAGCGGUGGGAGGGUACUCGAGAUGCAGUGCGCGGGAGAUCUUGUUUUCAACCCGACAGGGGGCGCUGGUGGAAUGUGUGACUUGAGGAGUAACACCUUUUUCUGUGAAGAGACUCCAGAUCUCACUACCCAGGCAGCAGCUAAAACAACGAAGCCUCCUUUUGACCCUCGCGUCUACCUGUCUCCUGUAAACUGUAGCGAGGCUGGAGACGGAUGGUACGCCGAGCCCAGGAACUGUUCCCUCUAUCACCAGUGCUACAACGGCGACCACAGAGUCGGUGUCUGCCAGAACGGCGGCUUCUUCAACCCAUCCGGGAUGUUCUGCGACGCGCCGGGCAACGUCAGAGACAUAUGUCAACGUAACGGGGUCCCUAUACUGCAGUGUAAGCAACCGAACAUCUUCUUCGUCCCGCAUCCGUAUGACUGCACCAAGUGGUACACUUGCUCUAAGGGCAAAGUUCGCCGAACCCCCAACUCCUGUCCCGAGGGUUCCAUCUCCGUGUACAGCAAAUGUACCACCCACCUGAAGGAUUACCCAGAAUGCAGCGUGGAUCUCCACCGUGGAUACUUCUAUGGUGAGAAAGAAAAGUCAACAACACCUGCCACAACAACUACAGAAGCAACCACAACGGUUGAAACCACACCUGGUCCAGUUCUGUGUGACACAUUCGGGAAGCCCAUCUUUAGACACGAGACCGAUUGCACCCUGUAUUACCGCUGUCUCUCAGGAAUACGGGCCACGGUGGCCUGCGCAAAUGGCACGUGGUUCAAUCCUACCAUUAAUGGAUGUGACAAUAAGGAUAAUGUUAAAGACUGUUACGAAGGAAAAAUAUUCACAGGUAAACAUCCGGGCCUUACCACGGUCACGACAACACCUGAACCUACGACUACAACGAAAAAGACCACCCAGAAGAUUGUCCAAAAAACCUCCAGGCCCAGAGAGAAGCAAACUACGAAAAAACAACCCGAAGCGGAGCAUGCAACGCCAGAGAACAGCUUCCGGGUAACUCGGCGUCCAAAGUUUUGCGUCAGCGGUCAUUGCAAGGCCGGUGCAGGCGCAACACGCUUGUCGGAAUGGAUUGCGGUAGUUGUGUUCCUGGUUGUAAUGGAUGCGUUUAGAUGAGCGAUGUUCAAUUGUGCUUCUUUAUCACUGAUAAUUAUUUAAUAGUGAAUGUGUUUAUAAAACAUCAUGGGUAACUGUAUGAAAACGGUUCAUGCCAAGCACAGACAAUGAGUACGCUGUGAAUUAUCGGACUUCUUCAGUGAAAACAAAGCAACCUAGAUCACUGAUCUCGUGGAAUUAUACCGAACUGAAGUAAUAGCAGUGUAAAGGGUAACCUCUUCAAAGGUAGAGACUAUGAAUCUAUUAUUUUGUAUUAAACAAAGAUCUUGUAUUCAAUAAUACACUCAACACUCAAUAAUCAGUAGUAUACUCAACAGUUUACUGUAAAUAACCCAGGAUACUUAUCAAUAUCGAUAACAAAAUGUAAAUACAUUAAUCAAGAAGACGGUUUCAUGGACACUUACACGUGUACAAUUCUUGAAAACACACAUUGUUCUUUAAGUCAAGGAUCACAUUGUGAUAUUUUUGUCAUAUAAUAUCAUGUUAUAUA